AUGGCUCACGAAAGUGUUUGGUUCUCCCACCCAAGAAACUUCGGUAAGGGUUCAAGACAAUGUCGUCUUUGUUCUUCCCACUCCGGUUUGAUCAGAAAGUACGGUAUCAACAUGUGCCGUCAAUGUUUCAGAGAAAAGGCCGCUGACAUCGGUUUCAACAAGUACCGUUAA